GCUGGGACCAACUUUUUGGGCCGGGUGGCAACUCCGACGCUUGAGCUGUGUCGUCUCGAUUUUUUUUCGGUAUUUGUUUGACUUAUUUAAUUUGUGUAAAUCAAAACGAAAAGUUAUGCCCGAAUUGUUUAAACAGCACGCAAGCAGCUAACCGUUCGCCUGGUGUAUGUGCAAAUGCAAAAAUCCAAACUCCCUUCGUUGAAGAUUGGCAUUCGCUAUUAAUUAAAUCAGCAGCAGCAGCAACAGCGGCAGCAACUGAAGCAGAGGGAGCAGCAGAGGCAACCGUAACAACAGCUGAGUGUGAGCGAGUGAGAGAGUGGGUAUGAGAGCAGCAGCCCACAUUUAACUUCCACAACAGUAACAACCAGAACAACAACAAUUGCUUCUUACACCAGCGAGAGCUGCAAAACACCGGCACAACAGCAGCAACGGCGACGGCGACGUCAGCGACAACAACGAUUUGUUGGUAAUUAAAAUCCAACAACAAAAAAAACUAAAGCAGCAGGCACGCGGGCAGAGAGAGAGGCAGUGGCAGUGGCAGUGGCAGAGGCAGAGGCAGAGAACACGGCCCACCAGUCGCAGCGUUGUCGGCGUAUAACGGAACAGAUUCAAUUCGUGCAUUGAUCGUAUCGUGUCGCGUCGCCUGAAGUCGCGUCGUUUAUAAAAAUAGCAAUACGCCAAGGAAACGAACUGAGAGUAGGAGUGUGAGCGGAAGAGAGCCAAAGGAGGGGACAGCAUUGUAUUCUGUGUGGACACAAAACUGUGGAUUUGGAUUACAUUUAAUAACUACAAUAAUAUCAGCAACAACAAACAACUGCUACAAAACUCUUUAAGAGAGAGAGAGAGAGAGAGAGAAAAACAGAGAGAAUCGAACUGAAGCAACAGACGCGCUGCCGCUGCUUGCGUCGCUGUCGCUGCGGAAGUUUCUGAGAACGCCGCCAAAAUUUCACUGGAUAUAAUGGCCAAGGACGAGGAGGAUGAUCUGCUGCCCGAUAAGGAUGCGGCCAAGGGAUUCUAUGCCAAAUAUGAACCCAAGGAAAUAUUGGGCAGGGGCAUUAGUUCGACGGUGCGACGGUGCAUCGAGAAGGAGACGGGCAAAGAGUUUGCCGCAAAAAUCAUCGAUCUUGGUGCCACAACUGAAUCCGGUGAAACGAAUCCAUAUCAUAUGCUCGAGGCAACCAGACAGGAAAUCUCAAUUUUACGCCAAGUGAUGGGCCAUCCCUAUAUAAUUGAUUUACAGGACGUCUUUGAAUCGGAUGCAUUUGUAUUUCUCGUCUUUGAGCUGUGCCCCAAAGGCGAACUCUUUGACUAUCUGACAUCGGUGGUCACACUGUCCGAGAAGAAAACCCGCACCAUAAUGCGACAGAUAUUCGAGGGUGUCGAAUAUAUACACGCCAAGAGCAUUGUCCAUCGCGAUCUGAAGCCAGAGAACAUAUUGCUCGAUGAGAAUCACAAUGUGAAGAUCACAGACUUUGGAUUUGCCAGGCAGCUGCUCGAUGGCGAGAAACUUACAGAUCUGUGCGGCACGCCGGGUUAUCUGGCGCCGGAGACGCUCAAAUGCAAUAUGUUCGAGGGUUCUCCGGGUUAUUCUCAGGAAGUGGACAUCUGGGCCUGUGGUGUUAUCAUGUUCACCUUGCUGGUGGGCUGUCCGCCAUUUUGGCAUCGCAAGCAGAUGGUAAUGCUGCGUAAUAUUAUGGAGGGUAAAUAUAGUUUCACCUCGCCCGAAUGGGCCGAUAUUUCAGAGGACCCCAAAGAUCUGAUACGCAAAUGUCUAGUCGUUGAUCCAGCGCAACGUAUCACCGUCAAGGAAGUAUUAAGACAUCCAUUCUUCAAUCAAAUGGUUCUAAUGGGCGAUUUAACGAUGACACGACAUUCGCCCGCAAUUCGCCCACAUUUAAAUAUUGCCGGACAAUACCUUAUUUAUGGAGAUGCGAAUUCGAACUCGACUGCAAGUUCAAGUCAAAAUCAAAAUCAAAACCAAACACCGCCACAAUUUUGUUAUAGCCAAUUGAACAGCGGCGGAUCGUCCUAUAUAUAUUAUACAAGUGCGCCACAGAGUUCGUAUUCAUCAAAUCGAUUACGUGAUAUUGCGGUCGCCAUUACGCCGGAUACGGAUAGACAGCAGCCGCAGUAUCCGCAUUAUUCACCGGAAGUUGCAACCUCAACAGCAGCAGCAACACCAACAACAACAACGUCCAACAACAACAACAACUUUACCUCAUCCAAGACGUUAACGGCAACUGUUUAUUAUCAGCAACAACAACAACAGCAAUUGCAACAACAGCAACAACAACAACUGCAUACGACAUCAGCAUUAAGAGAGUUACCGCCAGCAGGCGGCGAUAACGAUAACAAUAAUUAUGAGAGCACGGCAAAUGCAAAUGCAAAACAUUUAUUGUUUUAUUCAUCAGUGCAGCUGCGGAAACAAAGUCGCUUCAAUGCGCGCAAAAAGUUCCAAUUCGCCAUAUUAGUGAUACGCGCUGUCAUUAGAAUACGACGCCUGCGCUACACUGCGGAGCCCCUGCACAUCGAGGACGCCAUUCGUGAUCCUUAUCGCGUCAAGGUGCUGCGCAAGGUUAUCGACGGCUGCGCCUUCCGCGUUUACGGCCAUUGGGUGAAGAAGGGAGAGGGACAGAAUCGUGCCGCCCUGUUCGAGAAUACUCCGCGCACCGAACUCCAUGCGCUUUACAUUAACAAUCUCAGUCGAUAGGAAGAAUUAAGCGGA